GUGUGAUAAACCCGGAAAGGACUCUGUAGUGGAGUCUCUCUGCAGUAAAUUGGUGGAGUUGGAGUGGAUUGGUUUGUGGAUGGUUUGAAAAGCCUCGCGCGGCUCACGUGAGUAACCUGCGGAAGCGGAGCUGGUGAGUUGGGUCUGUGUCAGUGGGAGUCGGAGUCGGGGCUGUGUCAGCGGUACCUGCAGCGCUCAGGAGCGGGUCUGCUGGAGAUGGGUCUGCCGGAGAUGUGGCUGCUGAAGGCGGCGUGUCUGGCGGCGCUGUGCGGCCGCUGCGUGAGCGUGAGCGGCGGGAUGCUGUACCCGCGGGAGUCCCCGAGCCGGGAGAGGAAGCAGCUGGACGGGCUGUGGAGCUUCAGGGCGGACUACUCCCCGGACCGGAGCGCGGGGUUCAGCCAGGCCUGGUUCAGCCAGCCUUUAGCAGAGACAGGCCCUGUGAUUGACAUGGCAGUUCCCUCCAGCUUUAAUGACAUCACUCAGGAUGCUGAGCUGAGGGACUAUGUUGGCUGGGUGUGGUACGAGAAGGAAGUGUGGGUCCCCAAUCGCUGGCUUCAGGACAAGGGCACGAGGAUUGUGCUCAGAGUCGAAAGCGCUCACUAUUAUUCAGUAGUUUGGGUGAAUGGAGAAAAGGUGACGCAGCAUGAAGGUGGUCAUCUUCCCUUUGAGGCUGAUGUUGACGACGUGAUCCGUAAAGGAGCGGGACUGCCGUGUCGCAUCACCAUCGCUGUUAAUAACACUCUGGACCUGCACACGCUCCCACCAGGGACCAUCCAGUACAUGAACGAUCGCAGCAAGUACCCUUCAGGCUACUUCAUUCAAAACUACAACUUUGAUUUCUUCAACUAUGCGGGAAUACACCGAUCUGUCCUGCUCUACACAACGCCAAAAGCUUACAUUGAUGACAUCACUGUCAACACUAACUUCUCUGACAGUACUGGUUUUGUAUUUUACAAUGUAUCAGUGGUGAGCACUUCUAAGCCCGCGGUGAAGGUCUCUCUCUCGAGUAAGGAUGGACGAUGUGUCGCCACAGCUAAUGGAAUCUCUGGGGUUCUAAAGGUGCCGGACGUGAACCUGUGGUGGCCCUACCUGAUGCAUGAAAAUGCGGGCUACCUGUACUCGAUGGAGGUUCAGCUCACUGCAGAGAGUGGGGAGACUGAUGUGUACAUACUGCCGGUGGGCAUUCGCACUGCAAAGGUCACCACCAACAAGUUCCUCAUCAACAAUAAGCCUUUCUACUUCCACGGGGUCAACAAGCAUGAGGAUGCAGACAUUCGAGGUAAGGGUUUCGACUGGCCUCUUAUCGUGAAAGACUUUAACCUGAUGAAAUGGAUGGGCGCCAAUUCAUUCCGCACCAGUCAUUACCCAUACGCUGAGGAGAUCCUGCAGAUGGCCGACCGUCAUGGCAUUGUGGUCAUAGAUGAGAGUCCAGGAGUUGGCAUCAAAGACAUACGCAGCUUUGAGAAUGCCUCUCUGGCUCAUCAUCUGAUUGUAAUGGAGGAGCUGGUGAGGCGGGAUAAGAACCACCCCUCUGUCGUCAUGUGGUCUGUGGCCAAUGAGCCAGCGUCUGAGAUGCCUCCAGCAGCCUUUUAUUUCAAGCAACUCGUGGCUCACACAAAGUCUCUGGAUUCAACUCGGCCUGUGACCUACAUUACAGCCAGUAACUACGCCAGGGAUCUAGGGGCUCCGUAUGUAGACGUGAUCUGUGUGAACAGCUACUUCUCCUGGUACCAUGACCCCGGCCACCUGGAGGUCAUCCCCAUCCAGCUCAACACACAGUUUGAUAACUGGUACGGAAAGUACCAAAAACCUAUAAUACAGAGCGAGUACGGAGCUGAUGCUGUGCCCGGACUGCAUUAUGAUCCACCAAUGAUGUUCACUGAGGAGUAUCAGAAGAGAGUCCUGCUGAAUUAUCACAAAGUGUUUGACCAGAAGAGGAGGGAGUUUGUGGUGGGAGAGCUGAUCUGGAACUUUGCUGACUUCAUGACCGCUCAGGCCAUCACUCGUGUGGUGGGGAACAAAAAGGGCAUGUUCACGCGUCAGAGGCAGCCCAAAGCAGGAGCCUUUAUCCUGAGAGAGCGCUACUGGGCCAUCGCCAAUGAGACAGGUGUCCUGCCCACAUGGGCCAAGUACCCCUGCGUGUGAGCCCCACCGGUCCUGCCACUUCAUUACCUCUGGGAGGUUGUGUGAGAGUGAAAGAGAGUGAAAGAGAGUGAAAGAGACAGAGAGAGAGAGAGAGAGAGAGAGAGAGAGAGAGAGACAGAGAGAGAGACAGAGAGAGAGACAGAGAGAGAGAGAGACAGAGAGAGACAGAGAGAGACAGAGAGAGACAGAGAGAGAGAGAGACAGAGAAAGAGAGAAAGAGAGAGAGAAAGAGAGAGAGAAAGAGAGAAAGAGAGAAAGAAAGAAAGAAAGAAAGAAAGAAAGAAAGAGAGUGUUUGUGUGUGUGUUUGUGUUUGUGUGUGUCUUCGUACGACUAGUGGACUACAAAUGGGAACAGUGGAAAUGAACCAACCACCUUUAUAAAGUCAAAAUCGUGCCUUAUGUCAAUCAAUUAAUGCCAGAUUUUCAGAUGCCACUGUUGGCAGCCUGUAAAAUCUGGCUGCUGUGUUUUUAAUUCAGGGAGCAUCUAUUAUGCACAAUUGCAUACGAUUACGUACGAUUACAUACAGUACGUUGCUGCUAGAAUGCUGUGUGUGGGCGGGUGUAGUGUGUAGCAGCUAUUAGAGCUCAUUGUCUAUGAAAGUGCAUUAUCCAGGUGUGUUGUUGAGAGUGGAGCCCACCUUCUGUCUUUUGUUUCACUGCUUUUAUUUUUGUAAUUACUGUUGAACAAUUAUUUUAAUCAGCCCUCUUUUAUUAAAAUCAGCUUGUAAUUCUUUAAACUGCAAUGCAUUUUACUAGUAAAGCGUGAGUGUGUGAUUUACAUGGAAAGUUAGUGGGUGAUCUGAGAGCAGGGCUGUGACACAAAUGGAUCCCUAUGUAUGUUUAUGCUUUUUAUUACAUUGUCAAUCUUCUUCAGGUUUGCAAAUUGUAUAGUGGGAUUAGAAUGUGAUCUUAAGAGGACUGUUAACACUGUCCCACAACUCUCACAUGAACCAUGAACCAGAAUGCAGAAUUGCUUUUUACAGUAGUUUUUCAUUAUUAAACUAAAUGAACAAAAGGAUAUGCUUAAACACAUUCACACAAUAAUUUAUUUACUUUAACCUGCAUUAAAAGUACUCUUCAGUAUGCUCUGUGCAGUUACACAUUCUCACCAGAGAGGUCACUAUUGACAGAUAAAGCAUAACAUUAUGACUACCUCCUUGUUUCUACACCCAAAGACUGAGGUGUUUAAAACCUCCCACAAGUGGUGCUGAGUGGUCCAAAGGGCAGUGGGAGGUCACAGGUUUGAACCCCAGCUCAUGCAGCUUUGCCAUCAAGCUGCCGGCGCUCAGAGGGAGCACAAUUGGAACUGCUUCCUCCGGGUGGGUAGAUGGCGCUCUCUCCCCCACAUCACUUCUAGGGUGAUGUACACAGCACAGGGCGUCUGUGAGCUGAUGAAUCAGAGCUGAGCCGCUGCGCUUUCCUCCGAGUGCACUGUGAUGCUGCUUGGCAGUGCUGCAUCAGCAGCAGCUUGAAAAGAAGCGGUGGCUGACUUCACAUGUAUCGGAGGAAGCAUGUGCUAGUCUUCGCCCUCCUGGUGUGUUGGGGCAUCACUAGUGAUAGGUGGAGUCGUAAUGAGUGGGGUUGGGUAAUUGGCCAUGUAAAUUGGGGAGAAAAUGGGAAAAAUUAGAAAUAAAACCUACAGCAGCACUGCUGUGUCUGAUACAUUCAUGCCAGCACAACACACUCUAACACCUCGUACACCACCACCAUGCUAAUCAGUGCUAAUCACUGCAGUGCUGAGAAUGACCCACCAUCCAAAUAAUAAUAGCUGUUCGGUGUAGUGUCCUGACUAUUGAAGAAAAAACUGGUUAAAAGAAGGAUAAUAAAGUGUACACAGAAACAGAUACAGAAACACAGUUUGUAAUUAUAGAACUACAAAGUGCUCCUAUAUUCUCAGUGCAACUGAAAUAAAUGGACAAUGAAUUUAUAAACAAGGAAGUGGUCAUAAUGUUAUGCUUGAACGAUACAUAGUAUAGCACAAUACUAAUUAAAAAGCAGUGAUCCAUUUAGGUCACAGUUCAGAGGUUUCAUAUCUUGCACAUUGGUUCUGGUAGAAAACAUGUUCUGAGGUUAGCCUCCAAACGAUCGUAGUUUAGCCGUGCUGUUGUCUUGUUUUGGUUUUCUGGAGCGUGAUGAAGCUUGUCUUUCGUGACCUCGUCUAUAAUAAGCAGGCAGUUCAGGUCAGCCUCUGUUUUCUCCACAUUCCAAACAUCUUAAGCAUUCCACCCUCUAUCUGUCUGUAGGUAUUCUGACCCUGGAACCAGAUUGUUGAGCAGUUUAAGCACCUAAAAUGCCACCAGAUUCAUUAUGGCUACUUUCAUUAAGCAAUUAAAAAAGUGGCCCAAAUCUGACGUUUAAUUUUGGCUGUUCAUACAAUCUUUUUAUUGUGAAUCAUAUCUGAUAUUUGUUUAAACAGUCUGCAGUGUGUAAUUGACAUUCAUGCACAAAAGAGCACAGUAACAUGAAGAAUCGUGUCCAUCCUUCCCAGAAUCACGGAUCAGCUCAUGAGUUCAUGAGUUGAUGAAUGAUGAGUUAAGGCAUAUUCUGACCCUGGAACCAGAUUGCUGAGCAAUUUAAACACCAAGAAAUACCACCAAAAACAAAUUCACUAUGGCUAUUAUCACACAGCAGGUGAGAAGUAGCCCAAAUCUGAUUUUUCUGACUAAAUCUAAUGUUUAUUAUUGGCUGAUCUAACAAUCUUUUUAAUGUGAAUAAUAUAGUUUGGGGAUUUAGAGCCCUCUCUGGUGAGAAUGGGUAAUUGCACCGGGCAUGCGGAAGAAUCAUUUUAAACUGGGCGGGUUUGAUGUGGUCUCCUUUCAGAGUGGAUGAAUCUGAUUCCAGGUUAUGUUCAGUUGGAGAGAGAGAGCGCGCUCAGUCAGAAAUUUCACUUCAACUACAUACUUUGGUUUUACUAUGAGUAAAUGAGCUGCUGAGCUCUGAGUUUCCCCUUCUGAAGUCUCCAUUGCUCCACCAGCUGCUCGUGUUCAGUAAAACUGAGCCAGAUCCUCUUUUAGAGGCUGUACGUGUGACGUAAGUACGUAAAGACGCGUGACGUGGACAGAAGAACUCCCGCGAAAAGUGACCAGACACCCCAGUUUUCAGAAUGAAUAUAUCAGGCUUGUCAGGGAUAAUCGUUUUAGCACACUGGUACCAUUAAACACAAUCUUUUGUCCCUUCUAAACUCAGAAAUGCUUCUGCUUUCAGUUUAGAAACAAAAUAAUACAGAGUGAUACUUUAAACAGUCUAAAACAGCUGCUGGGCUCAUCACUGAGAAUUUACUAAAGCUCUCUGUAAAAAAGGCAUGUUAUUCAGCCAUGGCCAGAUUUUUAGGGCUUUUUAAAAACUAUUUAUUUGAUACUCUAGCAGCUACUUUGUGGAUAUGUUUUGCCCAUUUCGUUAGUAGAUGAAUACUCUAAUUGGGGUGGAUGUCUGGAUGCUUACAAUGCUGGACAAUAUGUCAAUAUGUAUCACAAUACAGGGUUUACGAAACAAUGUAUUGUGAUUAUAUUUUGAUACUGUAAGCAAGGCAAUAUAUAUAUUUCUUUUUUUUAGCUAAUAAAACACACCAUUAGCUUAUUACCUCCAGUGUUGUAAAUAAUUAAUUUUUCUGUUCACAUGGUAAUAAUGUAGGGUAAUGAUAAUGGAGAAUGACAUCCAUUGGCUGGUAUGUAUGGUCCUAUGUUCUCACGCAUUCAUACAUUCAUUCCCAGCUGUUGCUUACGCCAGCCUAACCAGUUCGGCUCACCCCUCGAGGCGUCUUCCACUAAACUCAUAAUUAUAUAAUAAGCUCUUUUGCUUGGUGUGAAGAGCAUAAAGAAGUUUCGUUGGAUACCUUCUUCCUUUUUUACUGCUGAAACGUGAUCAAAUGAUGGGGUGGGGAGGGGGUUAUUUAAGAUCAUAUCACAAUGGCGUUUUUCUUGGAUUGGAGCUUCCUCCUAUUUCACCACUGCCUUUUGUAUCUAGACCUGGGUCUGUUCAUAGAUUGUUUAUAGAUUAUUGAUUGUGUUGAUCUCUGUUAGUUCCUUUUUCAUUCCAGGACAUAAUUGAAAAAAGAGCUGGAUUGAUGUAAGAGGUGUUACAGAUUAAUGUCAGAUACUCUAUGCGAACAAAAGUAUUGGGAAAUCUAUGUAUUACACCUGCACCAGAUUUUUAAAGACCUCCCAUUCUAAACCUGCAGUCGUUAGUGUGGAGUCGGUCCCCCUUUGCAGUUCUAACAGCAGGUGUAGAGCUCUGCAGUUAUUGAUCAGCGUGAGGGUUGAACACUUUGUAACUUUACCUGAUGAUGGAAUAUCUAGGAGGGAGGAAAUUUUAUCAGUUGAUGACUUUUUGGAGUGGUGCCAUCUUCUUACAGUACCACACUGGAGUUCUGUGAGCUCUUUACAACUAUCCAUUCUUUCUCUAAUGUUUAAAAAGCCAGACUGCAUGGCUAGUGGUCUUGAUUUCACAGGCUAUGUUCAGACUGCCGCCAAAUAUGAUUUGUUUCCCCAAAUCAGAUCUAACAAAAGAUCGGAUUUGCCUGUCUUGACAUCACAAACAUACACUUCCUGGCCUAAAGAAAGGACACACACUCUAAUAUUUUGUUGGGCCGCCUUCAGCUUUGAUUGCAGCUCACAUUCACUGUGGCAUUGUUUUAACAAGCUUCUGCAAUGUCACAAGAUUUACUUCAAUCCAGUGUUGCAUUAAUUAAUUAAUUUUUUACCAAGAUCUUGCAGCAGCAUUGAUGAUGGUAGAGUCUGACCACUGCUCAAAGUCUUCUCCAGCACAUCCCAAAGAUUCUCAAUGAGGUUAAGAUCUGGACUCUGUGGUGAACUCUCUCUCAAUCCAUGUGUGAAAAUGAGGAUCUCAUUCUCCCUGAAUCACUCUUUCACAAUUCCAGACCCAUGAUUAAUCCUGGUAUUGUCAUCUUAUGGGUAUAUGGCCGUGUCAACGGGGAAGAAAAAAUCCAUUGAUGGAAUAACCUGGUCUAUAUUCAGUAUAUUCAGGUAGUCAGCUGACCUCAUUCUUUCAGCACAUACUGCUGCUGAACCUUAACCUGCAGACCAACUGCAGCAUCAACCCCACAUCAUUUACUUACUUAAAUCCAGGUGUGUAUCUGCAUGUGUUGCUGUGGUAACCUUUGCUGCUAUUCUCGGAUUCCCAAACUUCCGUCACUCUAGAUCUGAUGAGGUCACUGUUGUGUUAAAAGUGAUGCAAAAGACACAUUGAAAUCUGAUUAGAGCAUCUAGCCAGAGGCGCGUCUUUACAAAACUGAUUGUUAUCUCAUUUCAAACCACAUCUAAUAUGGUGUCUGGCUGUAAAGACAGGCCAUAUCAUAAAUCUAUCUGGAUGCGGUGUAGGUAUGCCAAAAAACUGGUUUAGGCUUGCAGUCUGAACAUAGCACUCUACUCCUGUGGCAAUGGAACUUAAAGAGCCACUAAACCAUAUUUUUUUCCCAUUAAUAGCUGAAACGUGUUCCUUUUGAAUUAAUGAAACAUAACAGUCCUGCUUAAAAUGUGUAUAAACAUUUCCUAACCUUUAAAAAUCGCUUUUAUUGUGGAAAUUUCCACCUCUGCUGCACCCUCUCUGGUUCAACUGUACUAUAGUAUUACAGUAUAAUCAAUAAUACUGCCCCCUUAUGAUGUCCAAUCAUCUGCUCUCACUGCUAAUAGAGGCACACUGCUGCUGCUGCAGCUCAGCCAAUCAGCUAUCCCUCCUUCCCCACCCCUAAACCCAUACAUCACACUUUUUUUGCCUUUUUAUAUUUGAGCUGAAGGGGAGUCAGCCCCUGAAUUUAAUACCUGAAAUACCUGAAUUUAAGAGGUGAGUCCCAAUACUUGUGUCCAUAUAAUGUAUUUAAAGAUGGAAGAGGACCUACUGGGAGCUUUUCAGUCUUCAUAUUAGACUGACAGUAGAUUUUCCAACUUUUUAAAAUCUUUGUAGAAACAGAAACUUUCAAUUUGAACUCUUUCCACUGCCAGUAGAUAAUAUGUUGUAGUUUUUACCUGUUUAAUACAGGUUGUAAUACACUGUCUGAAGCUUUAGCUGAUUAAAUGGACAGUGUAGAAUGAGUGUAGAAUGCUUGUUUUUGUAUGUUAUUGUCUGAAACACAAUCUGUUUUUUAUUUUUUUUAUGAUUGCAUCUCUUGUUUGCUUUUAAUAAAUAUUAGAUUCAUAUGUAAAAUAAA